AUGUUCCGAUUUUUGCUAAUUUUCAUUCUUCUUGGCUCAAUUUCAAGCAUGCCUUAUCAUCACAAAAACGAACUUCCCGAGGACUAUUCUUCGUCUUCAGAAUACACUUCAAACAGUAUUGAAGCUGUUCCAAGAAGAAAGAUAACCACUGGUUAUUUUCCUGAUUUUCGAGAACAUUUUGAUUCCGAUUUGGAUUCGGAUUCAAAUGAAUGGAUAAAAGACAUUUCGACUACACAAUAA